AUGGUGGUAGAUACAACAUACUACGAUAUUUUAGGUGUAGAAGCUACCGCAUCGGAGCAAGAGCUUAGAAAAGCGUACAGAAAGCAAGCAAUCAAACUUCAUCCGGAUAAAAAUGGAAAUGACCCAAAAGCAGCUGAAAAGUUUCAAGAUUUGGGCGAAGCUUACGGCAUCUUGUCCAAUGCCGAUACAAGAAAGAUUUACGAUGAGUAUGGUGUUGAAGGAAUGAAGGAAAAGAAUGUACAAGGAGAGAACAUUGACCCUAGUGAAUUCUUUGAAGUUAUUUUUGGUGGAGUGGCAUUCAGAGAUUGGAUAGGUGAGUUGGGUAUGUUCAAUGAUAUCACCAAGUCGGCAGAAGUGUUGGAUUUGGAUGAAGAAAAUUCCGGUCUGGAAGUUAGUUCAUCUGGUGACUCAGCCUUCAAGGACAAGAAAGAUGGCACAACUAGUCCAACUUCCGGUGUUGGGGGAACCGCUUCAUCAUCUACUCACAGCUCAUUGCAAUUACAUUCUCAAGAUAACAAGGGUGAAUUGUCAUCUGAGGAUAUAAGAAGAAAGAGAAAGCAAAAACUUUCUAAGGAACAAAGAGAAGAAAUUAUGAGGAUCCAGGAGGAAGCCAGAGAAGCCAAACUCAAGAGGAUCAACGAUUUGUCGGUUAUUUUGAAAGAGAGGUUAGAGAGCUAUAGAGCGGCUGCAACCAAUCCAGAAGGAUUAAGGAAUUACACUGAGAAAUUGAAACGCGAGCUUGAUGAUAUGAAGAUUGAAAGUUUUGGUAUACAAUUGUUACAUUUGAUUGGGAAAAUCUACACCAACCAGGCAAAUGCCACAUUAAAAGCAGCCAAAACAUUUGGUAUUACCAAGAUUUACACUUCAGUGAAGACAUCCACGGAGACAGUCAAAAAUGGAUAUAGCAUUAUCAAGUCUGCCUUGGAUACUCAAGAGACUAUGGAAAAGGUAAUGAAGGAACAAGAGGCUUUCCAAUUGAAACAAGAGCAAGGGUACACACCCACUCAGGAGGAGCUUAUCCAACAAGCUGAUAGAGAACGAUUUGUUACCGGGAAAUUCCUAGCAACUGGAUGGUCAUUGGUGAAAUUUGAAGUAACCAAUGUGCUAAAUAAAGUAUGUCAAAAUGUAUUGCAUGAAAAGGGUAUUGGCAAGAAAGAAAAAGUUGCUAGAGCCAAUGCCUUGUUAUAUAUUGGAACUCAAUUGUUGAAUGAAAAGAGAUCUGCUGAUGAAGAAGAAGAAGCUAGAAUCUUUGAAGAGAUGAUGGCUGAUGCAAAAGUGAAGAAAAAUAGUAAAAAGAAGCAGCAUAAUUUUUUUUAA